AUGAUGGCAACAUCAAAUAGUGUAUUUCGGAUACAAAAAACAUUCAAUAUGGGGGACCAACAAUUUUUUCUAAAAUGGAACGACUUCCAAACGAAUAUGGUGACCUCUUUUAGACAUUUACGGGAUGAAAAAAGUUUUACGGACGUUACACUGGCAUGUGAAGGACAAACCUGUAAAGCGCACAAAAUGGUUCUCUCAGCUUGUAGUCCUUAUUUUAAAAGUUUAUUAGAGGAGAACCCAUCAAAACAUCCAAUAAUAAUACUAAAAGAUGUUUCAUAUCUUCAUUUGCAAGCAAUACUAGAGUUCAUGUACGCUGGUGAAGUAAAUGUGUCCCAAGAACAAUUGCCAGCGUUUCUUAAAACUGCAGCACGACUUAAGGUGAAAGGUCUGGCCGAGCCGCCGCCACAGAUGCCGAGCAUCAAGCGGGAAGGC